CAGGAUUAUAAAAUUUAUUCAAAAAAAUAGAAAUAGUGUGAUGACGGUUUUUAUAGAUUUUGAGUGGGACGGGAAAAUGAUGACAUCAUAGAGCGCUGGGACUUUUACUUUUUAGAUGAUAUACAGAUACCAGCACAGCAGACUUAGGUAUCUGGAUAUUGGUAUUAAGUUAAUUCAGGAGGAAACAAUCACGAGCAGUUCAUGGAGCGGAUGGACAGUUGGAGUUCUUCAGUUAGUAGGAACUCCUUGACCCUAUCAAGGCGCAUAAGCCAUCAUGUAGACGAUGAUAUCGAGAGUGAGAGCGUUUCUGAGGCAGGAGACAUUGGGGAUCGAGCUCUUCAUAGCAGAAGGCACAGUGAGAGUAGCAGCUUCCACAUGCCUAAUAGUAAUGACCGCACCACAGCAACGGGAGUUAUUGCCCCUAUUCCAGCAUCAAACUUUGUCUCUUAUGGAAUGGCAUCAGGUCAGCUCAUGAACCCAGUUUCUCUUGAUGAGAAAGUGGGUCCGGAAGACAUUACAAACGAAUCCGAUCAAGAGUUGCCUAAGAUAUUGAACUAUGCUUCAUGUCUAAUUCAUUUAGCUGUUUUUGGAAUUCUCGGGGUCUUAACAAGAUAUCUAUUGCAGAAGUUGUUUGGCCCUAAAAUUGCUGGCGUGACAAGUGACCAAACAAUUCUUUACCCCGACCUGCCUUCGAAUAUGGUUGGUUCCUUUUUAAUGGGAUGGUUUGGUGUUGUAUUUAAAGAAGACAUAUCCAAUGUAUCAGAACAUCUAGCCAUUGCACUAACUACUGGUUACUUGGGGAGCCUAACAACUUUCAGUGGUUGGAAUCAGGACAUGCUUGAACUUGGUGUUUCUGGACAUUGGCUCUUCCUUGUGCUUGGCUUUUUAAUAGGUCUGUUUCUUGUUGCCUUUUCCAUCAUAUUUGGAGUAGAGACAGCCAAAGGUUUUAAGUGGCUUCUCAGCAAGCUUAAAAUGGGUUCAAGAAGUCAAAAUCAUAGCUCUACGGUCAACUGGAAGGUGGCCAAAUGCACACAUCAUCUGUCAGUUAUGGUGGUGCUCUUGGUAAUGCUAGGAUUGCUAUGGGGUAUUAGUUGUGCGCUUGUAGCCAUGGAGUUCAAGCAUGGCGGCAGUACAGCUCAGUUGUGGUUUGCAUGCAUGGUUGGACCUCUAGGUGUGUGGAUUAGGUGGUUAUUAGCCCGACUCAAUGGUCGUGGAAUAGGAAGAAACGGGUUGUUCAAAUGGAUUCCAUUCGGGACUCUAAUUGCCAAUGUUUCUGCUGCUUGUGUCAUGGCUGCACUUGCUACUCUGAAGAAAUCAGUGAACAACAAAAACUGUGACACUGUUGUCACAGGCAUACAGUUUGGCUUACUGGGUUGUCUCAGUACGGUAUCUACUUUUGCUGCUGAGUUUAAUGCCAUGAGAGAAAGCAUGCAUCCUUGGAGAGCAUAUUUAUAUGCUAUGAUUACAAUUUGCGUUUCAUUCUUUUUUGGGAUAUUGCUAUACUGCACACCUGUUUGGAAGAUGUGAGCGGCCUUGGCAGUUAUUUUUGUGCCUAUAGCUACUUUUACAAGGCGAUAAAUCUGAUAUCUAAGAUAUGCGGGCAGAGAUACAGGUUUCGCUCAUGCAUCUAACAGUGAUAUCCCUUCAGGCCUGAGGUGAUGUUUGGUUCCGAGAAAUGGUUAUUUUGAAGAUAAAGUUUAGACCGUAGGGCAUAGGUCACAGGAUUCGUAACAACUGGCUCUAAUGUGAAGUUUGGUUAACUUGUUAGCUCCCUGAUUUCCAUUGGUUGCCAAUGUUGAGAAACUGUUUGAUCUUGUUCCUGGAGUUGGAGGUGCAGACCUCGCUUAAAACUCUAUGUCAAGCCUUUUAUAACUAAGGAGAUGCUGCUGCUCUCUAUCAGGAAUUUAGGAUACACUGCAAAAUAUUUUCAAUUGAAAUUUUUUAAAGUUCCAAUGUCUAGGUAAAAUAAAUUUAGGCAGACUUGUUUAGAUUUAUCCUUAUAUAAAAAUUAUUUUUCACAAAAUUAGGAGGCAUAAAGUUGUAAUAUAUAUAUAUAUAUAUGUAUGUAUGUAGGUAUGUAUAUAUAACUAGUGUCCUACCUCGAUGCACAGGUGAUAUAUCAGCUAAUUAGAUUAAUAUACAUGCUUUCUUUAAA